AUGGCCUUGUCUCCGUCGUGUCCUCCAUGUCUCAGAGGUCUCUCUCUAUCGCCUUCUCCUCUUCGCUCUCCUCGCUUACAGCAUCUGGCCGCUGUUGGCUUCCGGAGGCAUGAGCUGCAGAGGCCGAGCGCGCUCAGGGAGUGGCGGGAGUACGAAGACGCUGUGAAGAGAAAAGAUCUCGCCGGGGCUCUCAGGUUCCUCAAAUCCAUCGAAAACGAUGAACAGCGUGACGCGGUCGAAUCUGUUCAGUUAAGCGGUUUGGGAGCUCUUGAAUUGGAGAGGGAUUGGCAGGUCUUAGAUGCGUGUUUGAAUGCAGAUGAUAUGAGGCUUGUUGGGAGCGCAUUUAGGUUUCUCAAGGACAGAGGCCUCCUGGCCAACUUUGGCAAGUUCACCAAUAUUGUAUUGGAGGGCACUAGAGAGGUCACGCCUGCUGUCCUCAAGUCUGCAACUGGCUUGGAAGUGACUAAACUUGCACCCAAGAAGUGGGGUCUUUCCGGUGGCUCUAGCAUUGCCCUGGCUGCUUUUCUUGGUGGAGUCUCCUAUCUUCUUUCUCAGGAGAUUGAUAUUCGACCGAACCUCGCUGCCAUUUUGGGUCUAGCUUUUAUGGACUCCAUUCUUCUUGGCGGUACCUGUUUAGCCCAAAUAUCAUGCUACUGGCCUCCACAUAAGCGUCGAAUCAUAGUUCACGAAGCGGGUCAUCUUCUUGUUGCAUACCUCAUGGGCUGCCCAAUCCGAGGUGUGAUACUGGAUCCGAUUGUUGCCAUGCAAAUGGGGGUUCAAGGCCAGGCUGGAACCCAAUUCUGGGAUCAAAAGAUGGAGAGUGAGAUUGCUGCGGGACGACUUAGCGGUAGCUCAUUUGAUAGGUAUAGCAUGGUUCUUUUUGCUGGUAUUGCAGCUGAAGCACUAGUUUAUGGUGAGGCUGAGGGUGGGGAGAAUGAUGAAAAUCUCUUCAGGAGCAUCUCACUACUCCUGGAACCACCCUUAUCCGUGGCUCAGAUGUCGAAUCAAGCCAGGUGGUCUAUUUUACAAUCUUACAAUCUGCUCAAGUGGCACAAAGCGGCACAUCGGGCCGCCGUUGAAGCCCUCCAAGUGGGAAGUCCUCUUAGCAUUGUGAUAAGAAGGAUUGAAGAAGCCAUGACUCCAAGCAGAUGA